ACUUUUGCAUGCUAAUGUUGUUAACGUUAUCUGGCGAAACGUUUAAUUUUGUAGCAAAAAGUGACUACAGCUAACGUAGCUACUUUAACGUUAGCUAACGGUUGUUAGAAGUAUACUAAUUAAUGUUUUUAUUUCACCAUGAUACGCUGUCGUAGUGAACCUGCUGCCUGUUUGCUCCAGCCAGCCCAGUAACAGUGAGGUCGGAUAUGGAGGGUUGCUGAGCUCUCUACCGGGGUCCGUCAGCCAGUCCAGCCGGACAGGAGACUCAUAGUUAGGACGACAGGAUGAGCUCCGCGGCCCCCCCGGCCAAGAGGAAAUGUUACAUGGGACGACAUCAGAUCAUCAAGAAAAACAGUGUCCCCGACCCUGAGCAGCCACUCACCCCAAGACGCUCCAGUCGCCUGCAAAACACUCACACACACACGCUGCGUGACAACACACACACGGCCCCGAAUGUGGCUGCGGAACAGGUGUGUGUGGUAGGAGACUCCUCCUUAGACCCUGGAGAGGAGAUGCUGCAGGUUCUGGAAGCUCUGGAUCCCGGAGGGAUGAAAUUAACACAUGGGGUAGAGAUGGGGGUAUCUUUAAUCCAGAGAGGGGUGUCCCACGCCUCAGCAGCUCCAGCCCAUACCUCCCACAGCCUGACACCAGGACCAAAGGUCGGGGCUAGGGUUGGACUGGGACCAGGUGUGUGUGAGCAUCCAGGGCUGGUUCAGACAGCGGACUGUAAGGACCUGGCUCAGUGCCUGCUGUUCAGUGAAGACUCAGAGGACAGAGAGCAUGCUGGGAGGCUUCCACACAGACCUGCGGACGCCACACCCCCUCAGAAGAACUGCAGCUCCAGAGGUAGGAAGCGCAGGGCUAGGGGGAGGAGCUCUGAGACCACACCCACAGGAAGAGGAAAUGGUUCCUGCCAGAAUGCUGACUCCCCAUUGGACGUGUCUGAUGACUUCAUCCUGUUCAGCCCCUCCCACCUGGCACGGGCGAGGGAGAGAGCGGCGCUACAGCGGUCUCUGAGGAACAACAUGUCAGCCUCUGUUCUCACGCCCCCUACUGGGCUGGAGGCCAGCACACUCAACACUACAGGUCUAUCAGCGGUGUUUAUGCGUCCAGACGAGCAGUGUGACAGGUUGUUGUUGUCCAGCUGGGGGCUGCCUGCUGCGGUCCUUCAACGCUACCGUCGUCAUGGUGUCUCCUCCAUGUUCCCCUGGCAGGCUCAGUGUCUCAGUCUGGGACGCGUGCUGCAAGGUCACAACCUGGUCUACUCAGCCCCAACCAGUGCAGGGAAGACCCUGGUGGCAGAGCUGUUAAUGCUGAAGAGAGUCCUGGAGACCAGGAGGAAAGCUCUGUUUAUUCUGCCCUUCGUAUCCCUGGCCAAGGAGAAGAUGACCUACCUACAGAGUGUGUUCUCCGAGGCGGGGGUGUGUGUGGAGGGCUACAUGGGAGGCCGGGCUGCUCCAGGAGGUUUUGGUAGUCUGGACGUAGCAGUGUGUACUAUAGAGAAGGCCAACUCCCUUCUCAACAGACUCAUAGAGGAGGAUUCCAUGGACCUACUGGGUGUGGUGGUUGUGGAUGAGCUUCACAUGGUAGGAGACUCUGGUAGAGGAUACCUGCUGGAACUACUACUCACCAAGAUACGAUACAUCGCCCUCAAACACAACACCAACAACAGCUCCUUAUCAGAAGGUAUCCAAAUCGUGGGUAUGAGUGCCACCCUCCCAAACCUGUCCCUGCUGGCUGGGUGGCUGGAUGCGGAGCUUUACCAGACUGACUACAGACCCGUCCCCCUGAAGCAGAGGCUCAAGGUGGGGAACAGCAUCUACGACUCCAGCCUCUCUCUGGUCCGAACCUUCGAGCCCCUGAUCACGGUCAAGGGAGAUGAGGACCACAUACUGUCUCUAUGUUAUGAGACAGUGAGUGAGGGUCACUCUGUCCUCCUGUUCUGUCCUUCCAAGAGCUGGUGCGAGAAACUGUCUGACAGUAUUGCUAGAGCGUUCUACAACCUCAGACACACAGGUGGUCAGGUGGUCAGUGGCUCAGCGCUCCAGGCUGUGGCUUUGGACCAGGGGGGAGUGGUGGAUGUGUUAGCCCAGCUCAGACGCACCCCGGCUGGGUUAGACCCAGUCCUGCAACGCACCGUGCCCUGGGGGGUGGCCUUCCACCACGCUGGUUUGACAUUUGAUGAGCGAGACGUGUUGGAGGGAGCAUUCCGAGGGGGCGUGUUGCCUGGGAACUUCGGUCUCAUAGACAGUGUAGUCGUGUACAGGGAGAGUGUGUUGGUGUGUAAGGAGGCGGAGCGUCAAAAGGGUGUGUGUCUUCUCCAGGGCUCUCUGCAGCCAAUCAGCAGCUGCCUGGUGAAGAGGGAGGGGGAGGGCCUAACCACCAGCAUGCUCCGAGCCAUCCUGGAGAUCAUUGUUGGGGGCGUGGCCAGCUCUCCCCAGGAUGUGAGGCUUUAUGCUUCCUGUACACUGCUGGCUGCUGGUGCCCGCUCUGACACCACAGGAGGGGAGACGGGAGGAGGAGUGCGGGAGGGAGCGAUAGAGACAUGCGUGGAAUGGUUGAUUGAGAAUGAGUUCAUAUCUAUCCAAAGAGAGGGUAAUGAGAGGGCAGGAGGACAAGAGAGGUACUGCCCCACCCACCUGGGUUCUGCCACCCUGUGUUUGUCUCCUCCUAACUCUGUAUAACUCCUGUGUUUGUAUCCUCCACUGUGUUUGUAUCCUCCAGAUAACCCCUGUGUUUGUAUCCUCCAGAUAACUCCUGUGUUUGCUGAGUGGACCACAAUAGACUGGUACCAGUUCUGGUGUCUGUGGGAGGGGCUUGGCUCAUCCAAUAAGAGAGUAGCAGAGCUGGUGGGUGUUCAGGAGAGCUUCUUGGCUCGGUCUGUUAGCGGGAAACUGAUUGCCAAGACAGACAGACAGAGACGACAGAUGGCCAUACACAAACGGUUCUUCACUACUCUGGUCCUUCAGGACCUUGUCAAUGAGGUUCCUCUGGGUACCGUGGCAACCAAGUACAACUGUAGCCGCGGACAGCUACAGUCUCUACAGCAGUCUGCCUCCACGUAUGCAGGCAUGGUAACGGUGUUCUGCCGGCGGCUGGGAUGGCACAGCUUGGAGUUACUCCUGUCCCAGUACCAGACCAGGCUGAGCUUUGGGGUCCAGAGGGAACUGGUCGACCUGGUCAGGGUCUCACUGCUGAGCGCAACAAGGGCACGAACACUCUACGACCAGGGCCUCGCUACGGUGGCCCAGCUGGCCAGGGCAAAGGUCACUGAGGUGGAGAAGGCCCUACGCAAGGCUGUCCCCUUUAAGAGUUCUCGUCGUGCGAUGGAUGAGACCGAGGGGGAGGCAGCCGAGAGGCGGAGCUUACGGUGUGUCUGGGUCAGUGGGGGGCGUGCUCUAACAGAACACGAGGCAGCCAUUGAAAUCGUGUCUGAGGCCAGGCUCCUCCUCCAGCAAGACCUCGCCCUAUUGGGGGUGACCUGGGACCCAGCGACACUGCCCACGGAAACACGCCCUAACAACGACCAUGACAACGACUCACCUGAGACACAGCGGGACCGGUCCAAAUCCUGGAGAGAUAAAGAGAGGAGGUUAAAUGAGAAGAAAGAGAUGGAAGACAGAGGGAGAAACGUGGUUGAACAGAAAGAGGUAGAGGGGAGAGAGAAGAACGAGGGAGAGAGGACAGGGGAGGAGCAGAGAGGGAGAGAGAAGAACGAGGGAGUGGAGGUGGGAGAGAGGGAAGAGAGAGGAGUAGAGGUGGGAGAGAGGGAAGAGAGAGGAGUAGAGGUGGGAGAGAGGGAAGAGAGAGGAGUAGAGGUGGGAGAGAGAAAGGAGAGAGUAGGAGUGGAGGUGGGAGAGAGGGAAGAGGGAGGAAGCGAGGAAGACCCUAACCUUCCUGUCUGUGACAGGAGAGGUAUAAACACCCAGGACUUAGCUGAACUAGUCAGUAGCCCUCACCCCCCUCUCAAUCCCUCCAACCACCCCUUCCACUCUCGCCCUCCCCGUUUCAGAGCCCCCACCUCCCGAGUGGAGGAACCUCUGACCAGUGUUUCUGGGGGGACAGUAAAGAGGGAUGGACUGGGCAUGGCAGGGAGAUCUCCUGCACAGGCAUGUAGAAGAAAGCCGUCCACAGCUCUGAGGAAAGUACUGCGCUCUAUACACUCAGAGAGGAGGGGGGAGGAGGAGGAGAGGAGGGAGGAGGAGGAGAGGCUCCUCCCUGCCUCCUCUCCCCUGUCCCUCCUCCCUGCCUCCUCUCCCCUGUCCCUCCUCCUCCCUGCCUCCUCUCCCCUGUCCCUCCUCCCCUGCCUCCUCUCCCCUGUCCCUCCUCCUCCCUGCCUCCUCUCCCCUGUCCCUCCUCCCCUCUUCCUCUCCUCUGCCCAAGCCCCAGCUCUUUCUCUCUCUUUUGUAGUCAAACGCCGGAGGGUGGAAGAGCAGGAUAGGUGUGGGUCUCCUGAACUCUAUGAGGAGGAGGGAAGGUUUGGGGAUAGUUUGGAGUUGGACACUCAGACUGAGAGAAUGAUUCUACUACAAGACCAAAGAGAGGAGAGGGAGAGAGAGUGUGCUAACUCACAGCAUGAGAGAGGAAGGAGGGAGAAGGGUGGAGAGGAGGAGAGAGGGAGGGAGAAAGGUGGAGAGGAGAGAGGAAGGAGGGAGAAGGGUGGAGAGGAGGAGAGAGGGAGGGAGAAAGGUGGAGAGGAGGAGAGAGGAAGGAGGGAGAAAGGUGGAGAGGAGGAGAGAGGGAACAGGGAGAAGGGUGGAGAGGGGAAAUCCACCGACGUUAACCCACCGAACCCCUCAACAGUCAACAGUAUCCAUGGCAACCCCCAUACCUAUGGUUUCCAUGACGACGCUGCGCCCAGAUACAACUUCUCUCUGACUGACAGCCAGAUGGAACAGAUCCUCGACAACCAGAUCUUGGCAGGCGAUAAUGAUGACGAUGAUGAACCCUUCCCACCCCCUAACGCACACCGCUCCUCAGUGACCAAUGAGAACAGUCUAAACGGCAGUAGCAGCUUCCUAUUCGACAGCCUGUACGACAGCUCUUUAUUGGCUGGGCUUAGCCACGAUUCUCACCAAUCAGAGGAAGAGAAGGAGGGGCCUGUUGUCAUGGAGACCAGUCUCCUGUCCAACCAGCAGCGGCAACGCAGCGGGCUCAUAGCCAAUCAGGAGGCAGAGGAACAGGAGGCCGUCCAAUGGGGCGAGUCGUCCUUCAACCUAUCAGAGUGGGGCGACUCUCUGCUGGUUGGAGAGCACUUCCUGGAGAGGCGGAGCCUGCUGAGACACACGGAGAGACUGCAACACGAACAAGACUGCGGUCAGACCGACAGACCCCAGCCUGACCAUGGGGAAACAGAGCAACAAGGACCUCAACCCAACCACAGCAAUGGUCAGACAGACGAUCACGGUCGGGGAAAAUACACACAUGACCAGUGUUUGACGGAGCGACCUCAACCCAACCACAGUGGUCUGUUAUAUGAACCCAAAGACAACCAUAACCAGACAGACAGACUGACACAGAACACUGGUGGAAAAGAGGUGGAACCUUCCUGGUCAGAGAGACGGGGAGAGAAGAGGAGAGAUCUGAUCAGAAGUGUAGUGGGAGAGGAAAGGGGAGAAAAAGGAGGAGAUGGAGGGGUUGAGAAGGAGAGAGAUGUGAGAGGUGUUGCAGUGUGUGAGAGCAGGCUGUUUGUAAGACCUGCAUCACGGAGAGAUGGAGAGAGAGAGAAGAGGAGAGAGACUGAACCCUCCCUCCUCUGCAGCCCUGGACUCCAGGACAUCUUUGAUCGUUGGCCUAGUAUGUCUGACCAGCCCUCCCAGCAUCCUCUGCUGCCACCUGCUCACACACUCACACACACUGCUGUUGACAACCAAGACUCAGGGGACAGUUUGACUGGUAUAACAGCACUGGGACGUGCUGAGGAGGACAGAGAGACAAAGGACAGUUUGACUGGUCUAACAGCACUGGGACGUGCUGAGGAGGACAGAGAGACAAAGGACAGUUUGACUGGUUUGACUGGUCUAACAGCACUGGGACGUGCUGAGGAGGACAGAGAGACAAAGGACAGUUUGACUGGUUUGACUGGUCUAACAGCACUGGGACGUGCUGAGGAGGACAGAGAGACAGGAGAGACCAGUGUGAGAUGGGGGGAGACGAGGCAACCCCUGAGGGAGAAAGAGGGGGAGAGACGAGGGGAGACAGGAGAGAACAACGUGAGAUGGGGGGAGACAGGGGGACAACUGGGAGAGAGAGAAGAGGGGAGAUCAGGUGGGGCUCAUGGGGACCUCAUCCCCCCAACUCAAGAAACUGUUAAACUGACCAUCUACUCUGUCCAAUCACCUCACAUUAUGAGGACUAUCCACCAUUCACCUCUCACCAGCAGACCUCUCAACCAAUCAACCCCCACCCCUCGACCUAUCCACCAAUCAGCUCACUCCUCCCGCCUCCCUGAUCAACCAGCAGUCUCUGUUGGUCCCCAGUUCCUGAAACCAGAUCCCAAAACGGACACACACUCUCACUCUGCCCCCAAAACAGACCCUAAACCUCCCCCCAAAACAGAUACCAAACCUCCCCCCAAAACAGACACCAAACCUCCCCCUCAACCCAAAACGUUGCUAGACUCUCCUCCUGUCCUCUCCUCCCCCUCAUCUCUGACUGACGAGGGCUUCACCCUCCAGCUCUCCCAGGAUGCAUCUCUCUCUCCCAGCAGCCCUAGCGGUGGGCUGGCCAUCAUAGACGUGGCGAGCGACAGAACACUGUUCUACACUUUUAUAGAGGAGUGGAGGAGGAAGGAGAGGUAUUCCCUCGUUCCUGUCUGUCAAACGAAAGAACACGGAGGAGACGGAGGGAUUGGAGGGAGGCAGAUCAGAGGUCUUCCCCGGUGUUCCUCAGGAAGUGUGGUGUUAACAGGACUGGCUGUCUGCUGGGGAGGAACAGACUGUUACUACAUAUCACUACUACAGCAGCAGAGUACCGAGAUGAGCUCCAGUCUGGCCCCGCCCCCGCUGGCUGCUGAUUUGCCAGUUGGAGAGAGGGUGGAGCAGAUGAGAGCCUGUCUGAGUAAGUCAUUGGCCGACGGGGCAGGGGGUGUGGUCAUGACUUAUGACAUCAUCCAGGUAUACAAGACACUGGUGCUGAGCUAUGGUAUCUCCUUGGAAGGACCCUGUGAAGACAUGAAGGUACAGACACACACACAGAUACAGACACAGAUACACACAGAUAUACACACACACAGAUACAGACACACACACACACACAGAUAUACA